CCCGAAGUGACUGUGUACCAUAACCAUGUAUCAGGAAACCGAUGGAGUCAGCUCCAAGAUCGAGAAGAACAAAUUCGAGUCCUCUAUCAGUGAGCUGAAGAAAAAGGCGUUUGUGUCUGCUGCUGAUAUAGAGAGCUAUGGUGAAAGCGGUGUGACAGAGCAGUAUCAAAAAGCGUACCAUCACUCCCUGGUGGAUCCCGAGGGAUUCUGGUCUGAUGUGGCAAAAGAGAUCGAGUGGGCCAAGCCUUGGGACAAGGUUCUGGAUAACUCUAACGCUCCAUUUACAAAAUGGUGGGUAGGCGGCGAGCUGUCAGUCUGUCACAACGCAAUCGACCGGCAUGUGGAGAACGGUCAGGGCGACACAGUGGCCCUGGUACACGACUCACCACUCACGGACACAGUGAGGCGGAUCACGUACAGCGAGAUGAGGGACCAGGUAUCGCGGUUAGCCGGCAAGCUGGUGGAGCUGGGAGUGACGCGCGGGUCCCGCGUCCUGAUCUACAUGCCGCUCAUCCCGGAGGCAGUCAUCGCUAUGCUGGCCACCAACCGCAUUGGAGGCAUCCACUCUGUGGUAUUCGGAGGAUUUGCGGCUAGAGAGCUAAGAACAAGAAUUGAACAUGCAGAACCCACUGUUAUUAUUGCAGCUAGUUGUGGAGUAGAACCAAAUAAAAUUGUUAGAUACAAAGAUAUCUUAGACGAGGCACUAUGUCAAAGCUCACAUCAGCCCUUGAAGUGCAUUAUUUACCAGCGGCGAAGAGUUCUUGAGUGUUCUCUUGAAAAAGACAGAGACAUGUGCUGGGAAGAGGCACUUGAAAGCGAACCGGUGCCAUGUGUGGCUGUCGAGGCAAAUGAACCUUUAUACAUUCUGUAUACUUCAGGAACCACCGACGCUCCAAAAGGUGUUCAACGUCCAUGUAGCCAUGCAGUUACACUUUGCUGGUCAAUGAGCACAAUAUAUGGCUUAAAGAAGGGCGUUUGGUGGGCAGCCUCUGACCUUGGUUGGGUUGUAGGCCAUUCAUAUAUCUGCUAUGGUCCUCUUCUUGCCGGUCUCACCACUGUUUUGUACGAAGGCAAGCCGGAUCGUACACCCGAUCCAGGACAGUAUUUUAGAAUAAUAGAACAGCAUGGAGUAAAUGCGUUAUUCACAAUUCCCACCGCAAUUCGUGUGCUGAAGAGAGCCGAUCCGAACGCCAAAUAUGCCAGGAGAUAUUGUAACCAGUCUUUGAAAUCAGUAUUCAUUGCCGGAGAACAUUGCGACCAAGAUACUCGGCUAUGGGCAGAGCGCAUAUUUUCAGUGCCCGUGCUAAAUCACUGGUGGCAAACAGAAACCGGGUCAGCAAUUACUGCUGCCUGUCUUGGCUAUGGCAUUAAAUCAGUACCUCCACAUUCCGCUGGAUACCCUGUUCCAGGAUACGAUAUGCAUGUUUUAAGAGAAGACGGUUCAGAAUGUCAAACGGGCGAAGUCGGGAGAUUAGUCGCAAAGCUUCCUCUGCCACCUGGGUUUGCCUCGACACUUUGGCAAGCAGAUGACAGAUUUGUGAAGACAUAUUUUGAGUCAUAUCCAGGUUACUACGACACUCAAGACGCCGGUUGGAUAAGUGCCGAAGGAGCCGUAUGGGUUGUAGCCCGUGCAGAUGAUAUUAUUAAUGUAGCUGGUCAUAGGCUAUCGACUGCAGCUAUUGAAGAUGUUGUACUAAAGCACGCAAGGAUAGCCGAUGCUGUUGUCGUUGGUGCCCCUGAUACUACGAAGGGCGAUGUGCCGCUAUGUCUUUACGUAAUGAGACCACCCCAAGAUGAUGAAGAAAUAGUAGCUGAAAGCACAGUAACCCAGGAACUUAUCGCCCUAGUUCGUCAUCUGAUUGGGCCAAUAGCAGCGUUUAGAAAAGCAGUUGCAGUUCCUGCGUUACCACGGACUAGGUCCGGCAAAGCGCUUAGAGGUGCUAUUGCAAAAUUAGCUAGAUCACAAUUAGUGCGCCUGCCAGCUACAAUUGAAGACGCGAGUGUAUUUGCAGAGAUAAAGAUUGCACUGCAGAAGUUUGGAUAUGCUAUAGAUGCACCAGAUCCUGAAAUAUAACAAAACAUAUUGAACGUUCGUGAUUAGAUUUUUUAAGAAUUUAGGAAAACAAGAAAUAUACGCUUUAAGUUUGUAUUUUAAUCUAAGAGAAGGUAUUUAUUUAAUUUAAGUAGGUAUUUUGAGUUCUUUUUUGUAUCUAUGAACAAAUCAAUAACUUGAAACAUUUUAUUUUUUCUUUGGUUCCGUGACUAACUUGCUUUCAGAAGAAUUUGUUCCUAAUAAGCACGAAUUGGCUGUGGGAUUGUUGUCACCCUAGUCGUUAAGGAUAACUAUUUGAACUAUUUCUAAGAGGAGUUUAUGUACAUAUAGUACAUCCACAGAUUAAUAAUUAGUUACUACGUAAAGUACAACCCUAGAUCGAAAUUUUGAAUUUACGGACCGCAUUUCGUACCAUAGAGUAUAUUGAAUAGUUAAUUUCCUACGUGCAUAAAAUUAUAUUAGGUAUAUUAUAUUCAAUAAAAUGCUUUUCAACCAUUGCCAGUUGGUACCAUUACACGAACAAAUAUUGUAAGGGACAGGGGAGCCAUUUCGACUGGCGGGUAAUUUCAACUAAUUUAGAUAUCUUCCAUAUUAUAAAUACACUACUUCACUUGAUGGAUAUUUGUGUCCCCAGAUCUUCCAUACCAUUUUAUCCGUCAGUCUAAAUUGUCUCGCCUGUGUACCUUAUCGUGGUUUACCAGUUACCACACAAAUCGCUUUUGAAUUUACACUUGUAAGAGAUUGAUGGAAUCAUUUUAUUGAUAAUAUAUUAGGUAUUUAAUACAAGCAUCAUUAAAUCUCAAGUUUACACAUAAGUUUGUGUUAAAAAUACUACGCUACGUUUCAAUAAAUAGUUUUUCACCACACCAACUGGUAAAGACUUACUUUGCUAUUGGAAAACAGAUAGC